AUGACCUCAAAUAUAGCCGAAUGUAUUAAUGGAAAAUUGGUAGCAGCAAGAGAGUUGCCUGUUUUCAAUUUUCUUGAAGAAGUUGAACCAUCAACUGAAUAUAUGUAUACCGUAAAUGAUGAGGCAAGGCGUUUCAUAAUUGAUCUUAAAAAGAAAACAUGCAGUUGUCGGAUGUUCCAAAUGGACGAGAUACCAUGUCCACAUGCAUGGGCUGUAUUGAAGAGUAAAAGUCUUAUGCCUGAUGAAUAUUGCUCAGACCUAUUCAAACCAAAGACAGUGAUUAAGACGUAUGAUAUGCCGGUGGAUCCUCUGCCUGACGAGAGUGAGUGCAAUAUUCCUAAACACAUAUGCGAUGAAGUUGUUUUGCAACCAAGAUACAAGAGACCCCCAGGAAGGCCAAAGAAGAAGCGAGAUAAACCAUUAAUGGAGACGAUGAUUGGUAAACGUAGGAAUGCUUGUAGUACUUGUGGACGUCUUGGUCACAAUAGGCGUUCUUGUUCUAAUGAGCCACGUAAGAAGUAG